AUGCCUCCAGGCAGGUGGUAUGCUGUCCAUCCAGCUCAGGCCAAGGCUUCAAGGGAGCGAGGACGCCUUCAGAUGGUAAAGAAGGAAGAAGAGGAUGAAAGCUACACUUCAGUGCCAGCUGCCAGACCACAGACACUCAAUCGUCCUGGCCAGGAGCUGUUCCGCCAGCUCUUCAGACAGCUUCGCUACCAUGAGUCUUCUGGGCCUCUAGAGACUCUGAGCCGACUCCAGGAGCUCUGCCGCUGGUGGCUGAGGCCAGAUGUUCUUUCAAAGGCCCAGAUUCUGGAGCUGCUGGUCCUGGAGCAGUUCCUGAGCAUCCUGCCAGGGGAGCUUCGGACCUGGGUGCAGCUGCAUCACCCUGAGAGUGGUGGGGACGUUGUGGCCUUGCUGGAAGAGCUACAGAGGGACUUCUAUGGGACACCAUGGAAGGACCCAGCCCUUGCCCAGAGCCCAGAUGUGCAUUGGAUGGGCACAGGAGCCCUGCAAGCCGCACAGAUAUGGCCCCCUGCUUCACCUCUCAGGAGCGGCUCGGCUCUGGGGGACCACCUGCAGCCUCCCUAUGAAAUAGGAGUGCGUGACUUCCUGGCUGGGCAACCCGAUCCUCCUGCUGCACAGGUUCCUGCCCUUUCCCAGAGAGAGGGAUGUUCAGGAGAUCUGGUGACAGUCCAGCCUCAGGAGGCUGUGACUUUCAAGGAUGUGGAGGUGACCUUUUCCCAGGAUGAGUGGGGAUGGCUGGACGCUUCUCAGAGGAACCUAUACAGGGAUGUGAUGCUAGAGAAUUAUGGGAACGUGACUUCUUUGGUGGGGCCAUUCACCAAACCUGCUCUGAUCUCCUGGUUGGAGGCAAGGGAGCCGUGGGGCUUGAAUGUCCAGGGAGCUCAUCCUAAGGGGAGUCCAAGUGCUGCCCCUGCAGGAGAUGAGCUCCAUGUGAAAACAGACAAGUUCAUCUUAAAACAUGAACCUUUGGAAGAAGCUAUGCCAUCAGGAUGUCAUGGUGCAGCAAAUGUUUCUGAGGGAACAGGGCUCAGAGAAUCUUUUGCACAGAAGAGCAGGUUAAAGGAGCAAUGUGGAAACCCCAUACAAGUGAGAGUUAAGAAAGAAGAGACCAAUUCCAGCUACGGGACAGGAAAAGACUGUGAAGAAUCGGGAAGAAGUAAUAGUCUUCAUCUAAAACAUAUUACAUGUUUGAGAGGACCCAGAAAAAAGCAGUCCCUUAAACAUGGCUAUGGCAAACACUUCAGAGGGAGUUCAUACCACUGUGAUUACAAGGAAUAUGGGAAAGGGCUCAGACGCGUGAUUGGCGGGUUUAGCCUACAUCAGAGAAUUCAUGCUGGACUGAAAGGGAAGGCAAAGGAUGCGCACGGGAAGGACUUCAGCCUUAGUUCUCAUCACCAACACGGGCAGAAUCUUCACAUGGUGGGGACAUUGUAUACGUGCAGUGACUGUGGGAAGACCUUCAGUCAUAGCUCUCAUCUUGCAUGUCAUCAGCGACUUCACACUCAAGAGAAGCCGUUUAAAUGUAGGGCCUGUGGGAAAGCCUUCAGGUGGAGCUCGAACCGUGUGCGACAUGAGAAAAUUCACACUGGAUUGAAACCUUAUAAAUGCAGUUUAUGUGACAAAGCUUUCCGACGCAUGUCUGCCUACCGCCUGCACCAGGAAAUUCAUGCUAAGCAGAAAUUUCUUGAAUCUUAUCAGCACAAAGAAGCUCUCUCUUGUGGCUCAGGGUUUGAUCAUCAUUUGAGAGACCAAAGUGGGGAGAAACUCUUUGACUGCAGCCAGUGUAGGAAAUUCUUCCACUGUAAGUCAUAUAUUCUUGAACAUCAAAGGAUUCACACCCAGGAGAAACCCUAUAAAUGCAUCAAAUGUAGGAAAACAUUUAGGUGGAGGUCAAACUUCACUCGUCACAUGAGACUGCACCAGGAAGAGGAGGUCUGUGAUCCAGACAAAUGUAGAGAAGACUUUAGGCAGACCUCCAACUACAGUCAGCCCCAGAGUGCCCCCACUGUGGAGAAAGCUCUUUUGUGUCAGCAGUGUGGGAAGACCUUUAAUCAAAAGAAAGCUCUCAUUGACCAUCAGAGAAUUCACACAGGCGAGAAACCAUACCGAUGCAGCGAAUGUGCAGAAGAGUUUCCUCAUAAGUCGGCCUUUAUCGUUCAUAAGGGGCAGCAUGCCGUCGAAAGAAAGCCUGAGGACGUGCCAUCGUUUAGUCAGGACAGAGCAUUCCAAGUUCCUCAGAGCACUCACACCACAGAGGAACCCUACAAAUGCAGCCAGUGUGGCAAAGCCUUCCGUAAUCACUCAUUCCUCCUUAUCCAUCAGAGAGUUCAUACCAGAGAGAAGCCUUAUAAGUGCAGGGAGUGUGGGAAGUCUUUCAGAUGGAGUUCUAACCUCUCCCGACAUCAGAGGGUUCACUCUUUGGGAAAACCGUAUGAGUACCACGAAAGUGAAGAUGCUCCAAAUCUGCAGUCACAAAUACUCACUGGUGCAAAACCUUUUUGGUGCCAAGAAUGUGGGAAAAGCUUUACACGUAAAAGAAGUCUUUUAGAUCAUAAGGGAAUACACAGUGGAGAGAAACGCUAUAAAUGUAAUCUGUGUGGGAAAUCUUACGACAGGAAUUAUCGCCUUGUUAAUCAUCAGAGAAACCACACGAAAGAGAGACCAUUUAAAUGUCAGUGGUGUGGGAAAGAUUUCAUUGGAAGACAUACUCUUUGUAUUCAUCAGAGAAAACACACCAGAGUGGCCCAGUCUGAAUGCAGUGUGGCUGGGUUGUCUUCUCACCAGGAUACAGGGGUGAGUUUACAGGAAUUAAAACCAAGUGAGGAGAAGAAGCCUCUUGAAGAUAGUGAGAAAACUUGUGAUCAGAACUCUGGACUCACUGGGCUCCAGGAUAUACCCACUGGGGGAAAGUGCCACAAAUGUACCACGUGUGGGAAAACUUUUAGCAAGAGCUCACAACUCAUUAGCCACAAGAGAUUUCAUACUCGAGAGAGGCCCUUCAAAUGCAGAGAGUGUGGGAAGACCUUCAGGUGGUCUUCAAAUUUGGCUCGGCAUAUGAAAAACCAUACUAGAGAUUAG